CGCACGCAUGCGCAGUCGCUCCCUUUCCCGUCCUAAUAACAACAAUCAUUAAAAACGAACAGCAACCCCCGAAGAUUGCUGCUUCAUCGGGCCUUUAUUUUCAUCAAACCAAGCCAAUCAUGACAGAAUUACGACACCGAGCAGGGACGGAAACGGAGCUGCAGCAUCAAAACUCGGAGGAUAAGGGCUCUGAGACGGAGGGCAAGGAGAAAGAUGGAGCCUCGGAUAAUGAGACUAAGUCAGACUCUGGGGUUCCUGAGGUUCCCGUUCCUGCCGAUGACACACCAGAGGUUCUCAACAAAGCCCUCUCGGGCCUUUCCUCACGAUGGAAGAACUGGUGGGUGAGGGGCAUCCUCACUCUGGCUAUGAUCUCUUUUUUCUUUAUCAUUAUUUAUCUUGGUCCGAUGGUGCUGAUGAUGAUUGUGCUGUGCGUUCAGAUCAAGUGCUUCCAUGAGAUCAUCACAAUUGGUUACAGCGUGUAUCACUCUUACCACCUGCCAUGGUUCAGAACACUAAGCUGGUACUUCCUGUUGUGUGUAAACUACUUCUUCUAUGGUGAAACAGUGACUGAUUAUUUCUUCACACUGGUGCAGAGGGAGGAGCCUCUACGCAUCCUCAGCAAAUACCACCGCUUCAUUUCCUUUGCCUUGUACCUCACAGGGUUCUGCAUGUUUGUUCUGAGCCUGGUGAAAAAACACUAUCGCCUGCAAUUCUACAUGUUCGGCUGGACUCAUGUGACCCUGCUGAUUGUGGUGACUCAGUCCCACUUAAUCAUUCAUAACCUGUUUGAGGGGAUGAUCUGGUUUAUUGUGCCCAUUUCCUGUGUUAUCUGUAAUGACAUCAUGGCUUACAUGUUUGGUUUCUUUUUUGGUCGAACCCCUCUCAUCAAGUUGUCUCCUAAGAAGACAUGGGAGGGGUUUAUUGGUGGCUUCUUCGCCACCAUUGUUUUUGGCAUCCUACUGUCCUAUGUGAUGUCAGGUUACCGUUACUUUGUGUGUCCUGUGGAGUUUAACAACGACUCCAACCGUUUCACAGUGGACUGUGAGCCGUCUGAUCUCUUCCAGCUUCAGGACUAUGGCCUGCCGGCAAUUCUGCAGUCCAUCACGGGCUGGACCACAGUAAAGUUGUACCCAUUCCAGAUCCACAGCAUUGCCCUGUCUGCCUUUGCCUCCAUCAUGGGACCUUUUGGAGGCUUUUUUGCCAGCGGCUUCAAAAGGGCCUUUAAAAUUAAGGACUUUGCGAACACCAUUCCAGGACAUGGAGGAAUCAUGGACCGUUUUGACUGUCAGUACCUUAUGGCCACAUUUGUAAAUGUUUACAUCGCCAGCUUUAUCAGAGGCCCAAACCCCUCUAAAGUCAUCCAGCAGCUUCUUGCUUUGAGACCAGACCAACAGCUCCACAUCUUUAACUCGCUCAAGGCUCAUCUGACAGAGAAAGGCCUGCUCCCUGCCCUGGAAGAAGCAGCCUAGCUCUUCAGACCAUCCCAGGGACAUCCCAACAGAGUGGGCUGAGAAUGCAAUGGAAGCAGAUUCAGGAAUGUAUGGAAGUGGGAGAUGAGAUGAAGAACAUAAGAAGGGAAACAACGGAAAGCUGAACCACAACCUAGGGUCAUUCCAUUUUCAGUGUGUGUGUGAGUGAGUGAGUGAGUGUGUGUGUACCUCUGUGUUUUUGCUUAUUUAAUUUUUUUGUGAAUGUUUGUUUUAUGUUUAUCUCUUACACCAUAAAAAAAUAUUCUAUAUAUUAUAUUAAGAUAACAUUGACGUUGUUGUUACAGUUCUUUGUGAGUUGAACUGUACAAUUCCACUUGUGUGCAAAUAUUCUGUACCUAUUAAUUGCCUGGAUAUUUUAUAGUGUUUCUUAUGUUUCAUUUUGUUUUAAUGCACUGCUCAUCACACUGUCAUUUCAACCUCAGGCUAGCCUUUAUUUAGUUUUUGCUAACCGGUGUUUCCAUACCCCAUCAUAGUUCAAAAUGACUGCGAGAUGACUGGUCUAUGUAUGCUGUAGCUCCUGGAGCUAAGGAGAAGAUUCAGAUGUCAUUAUUCAAUGUUUGAGAGGAAAUUAAGGCCUCAUCAGAUUAUAAUUAUUUGGCUUUUAAUGUUUGUUACAAAGAAACAUGUAAGCCCAACAAAUAUGAAGUAACUUUAAUUAUAUUGUUAACGGUUAAUAAGAAUUCGCACUGAAAAAUACCAUUUAGAGACACUGACAAACAUUUUUCACACUGAAUGUUAAAUGUUUUAAGAAUUACUGUUUGUGGUCUAAAUCAUAGUUUUAUCAUUUCUAGUUUUAUUUGAAUGUUCUAUUGUCACGAAGCAGUUACAAGCUAAUCUUAGUCAAGCUACGGGUCUUGUUUUUGUGUGUGUUUGUGAACUCUUACAUACUAAAUGGUUCAUGAUCAGGCUGGGCCAUCUUCACUGCAUGAGACCACGUCCCCCACGUCUCAUUUUAGAAUUCUAUUUCAUCUUUUGUUCUUACCAUCGCCUGCUGUGUAAACUCUAACAAAAAAGGGUCAGAACUAUUGUGUGUUUCGUGUAAGGUGUUUUGUUUCCCUCUUAUACGUGAUGUCAUUAACACACGUGCCAUAGACAUUAUUUAUUUCAACCUUAAUGGGUGCCAUCGAGCAGCUUCAAAAGAGUAGUGCACAGUAGUGUUAUACAGUAAGCUGUAGGAGGACGUAAUGGCUCAGGAUAGUCUGUACAUACAGUCCACUGCCAUUCAUCAAUAAAGAUCCAUGAGCACAUACUUUCA